UUCUCUUUAUUUUAUAUAGAUGAAUGUGGACACCUUAAGAUUCUUAUAAUUCCAACUUGAUGUCGACUCCUUGUUAUUUCCUGGGGCUUUCCUUACAAACCAAGCGCCAUUGUUGAUUGACAGGCUAAUCUUUUUUUCUAUAAAUACUGAAGCAUUCUUGUGUGUUUCUCCCAUUCACUUGACCAACUUCAGACCAUAGUGAUAAUCUCUUGCUAGGUACCUGAUUAUUAUUUGUCUCGAAUCUUCUUCUUUUUUUCCUGUGUUAAGUUUAUAGGUAGCUUCUUCAAGAAAGAGAUUUAGGAACUCAUCAAUGGAUUCAUCAUGGGUGAACACUUCUCUUGAUCUCAACAUCAAUCCCUUCAAGCAUGUCAAUGAAACUCAAGCUCAAGAGAGCAAAGAGUUUGAGGGAUAUUCAACUAGGGUUGAACAGAAAUUACAAGUUAAAAAAGAGGCUGGUGUUAGUGCUCUUGUUGAAGAGUUAAAUAGGGUGAAUAGUGAGAACCAGAAGUUAACAGAAGUGCUUGGUGUUGUAUGCGAAAAAUACCUGACUUUGCAAAAACAUUUAGCUGAUUUGACGAGCAAGAAUUCAGAAAAAGAACUCAUGACUACACCAGUAAUAUCAAUGAAGAGAAAGGCAGAGAGUGAAGAUUAUAGCAACUUGAUUAAUGCAAUUAAUGGAGGAAACACAGAAAGUAGUUCUAGUGAUGAAGACUCAAGUAAAAGGCCACAGGAGAAUCUGAAGACAAAGAUUUCAAGGGCUUAUUUUCCGACUAAUGCAUCCGAUACAAGCUUGGUUGUGAGGGAUGGCUAUCAAUGGAGAAAAUAUGGUCAAAAGGUUACCAGAGACAAUCCUUCUCCUAGGGCGUACUUUAAGUGCUCAUUUGCGCCAAGUUGCCCUGUCAAGAAGAAGGUCCAAAAAAGUGCUGAAAACCCUUCAAUUUUGGUAGCAACUUAUGAAGGAGAGCACAACCAUGCUAGCCAUUCUCAACCUGAACUAUCAUUAGGUUCAAGCCAAAGUUCUAGUUUUGGUCCAGUUCCCAGUCCAUCAUCCAUCAGAACUUCAGUUCCCACUGUGACCCUUGAUUUGAUCCAAAGUGGAAUGCACGUUGACAGUGCUAAAAAGACUGUUCAAGAAAACCUUCAAGUGCCAGAAGUUCAGAAAGUUUUGGUCCAACAAAUGGCUUCUUCUUUGACAAGGGAUCCAAAUUUUACAGCUGCACUGGCAGCUGCUAUCUCUGGGAGAUUCAACCAGACUCGGAUUGAGAAAUUGUGAGGUUGAAAACACUAGUACUAUUGUAGAGAAUUUAGAGUUUUAUAGACACUUUGCAUUUUUAUAUGUAAUUUGGAGAGCAUUGAGUUACGUAUAUAUAUAAUAUAAGUUUGAAAAAAAAACUAGAUCUAGCCGGCCCAGCCGAGUCAUUGGCUCAGCUCAGUGACCAAGUCAUCAAUCACGAGUACACAUGAAUUAAUUCACGUUUUACACGGUGAGGAGGUAAUUAAAAUGGCAAAACAUGAAAAAGAGAAGAACUUACUUGGUGAGCUCCUGCUGGAGACGAAGACACGAGGUGGUGGUCUCUAGCUAAUCGGGUGGCGCUUCUGCGAUGGCCCUCCUCUUUUUCUCUCUCUUUCUUUCUUAUGUGUGUUGUUAUUUCUUUUGUUCUUUUUUCUCUCUCUAUAUCACCCUUUCUGGCCCAA